AUGUGUGCCACCGUGGACGCCACAGUGGGCGAGCUCCUGGCCCCCACGCCAGAGCCGUGCCUCGGUCGCUACGGCCCGACCAGGCGCCCGAGUGCGGUUUGGGCCCGAGACCGCUGGAGCAUAAAUUCUUACACCCGUUUCUUUCCCCUGACAAUAGCUGAAGCAGCAAACCUCCCUCCCUUGUCAGAGGCUCAGAAGAACAAACUGAGGCACCUGUCAGUCGUCACGCUGGCUGCCAAGAUCAAGUGCAUCCCCUAUUCAGUGCUGCUGGAGCAGUUACAGCUGAAGAACGUCCGGCAACUGGAGGACCUCGUGAUUGAGGCUGUGUAUGCAGAUGUGCUGCGAGGGAGCUUGGAUCAGCGGAACCAGCGCCUGGAGGUGGAUUACAGCAUUGGGAGGGACAUCCGGAGGGAGGAGCUAAGCACCAUCACCCGCACAUUGCAGGAGUGGUGCCAGGGCUGCGAGGUUGUCUUGUCAGGCAUUGAAGAACAGGUUAGCCGGGCCAACCAGCAUAAAGAGCAACAGCUGGCGCUUAAGCAGCAGAUAGAGAGUGAGGUAGCAAACCUGAAGAAGACCAUUAAAGUGACAACAGCAGCUGCCGCAGCAGCCACAUCCCAGGACCCGGAACAGCACCUAACAGAGCUCAGGGAGCCGGCCCCUGGCACCAACCAGCGCCAGGCGAGCAAGAAAACUUCCAAAGCCAAAGGGCUCCGGGGCAGUGCGAAGAUUUGGUCUAAAUCAAACUAGUUGGAUGUCCCUUCACAACUGGGAGGGUGAGAGGAAGAGAUUUGGGGGAUGGAGGGGUAGCAAAGGUCCCAAGUGUGAUGCUUCUGAGCUCUUCUCUGAGAUCCAUCUUGCCAACUAAUUCUCCUGCAUGUUUGUUCUCUUUCCUGUUUUCUUUACCGACUCUCCAGGCAGUGCCUCCCUCCUCUUCAUUGUAGCAUUUCACACUCUGAGCUUCCAAUUGUAUGCGUUGCUGUUUCCCCUACCCCAAAACCCCCCUCAUCACCACAGCCACCUGUUUCUUUCUCUCUCCCUGUCUUUUGACAGGUCAACUUAAAGAGCCACAAAACUGUGUAGGUCACCUUUGCACCCACAGGGCAUCGCAGAAGCUUGGAAAGGGUGUACUGGUGCUCAGCAAUCAUUUUGGCUCUGAGACCCCUGGGAUACUUUGCUCCAGGAAGCAGCUGCCAUCUUUGAUUGUUUAAUCUUUGUUUUGCUAGGUGGGAGGGUAGUUUUUGAAGGGAUUCUUUUAAAAAUAUAUAAAU